AUGUUGUACUCAAAAAAUACAAAAUUUUUAAUUAAAAAAACUUUUUCUAAAAAAUCAAUUCGCCCAAUUUCAAACAAUUUUGUGGAAACUGCUGGUUUUGUUCCUAAAAUUGAAUCUUAUGAGUAUUCUAAUAAAAAAUUGUUGCUUUUGGCAGAUGGAAAAUAUAUGACGUAUAAGGAUGUUAAUAAUGCUUCUGGACGUUAUUCUAAUAUUUUAAAUAAACAAUUUGGAAUUCAGAAAGGUGACACCGUCCUUUGUCGAACUUCAAAAACUCCUGAUGCCUUAGCUCUUUAUUUGGGCAUACUUCGGCUUGGAGCUACUUAUGUUCCAUUAAAUCCAACUUAUACAAAAAGAGAAACUGAACAUUUUGUGAAUGAUGCUAAACCAAAACUUAUUGUUACUCUCAAUCAGAAAGAAGACAAAACUUUUUGUGAUACUUCAACAGUUAAACACGUUUUGUGUGAACAACAAUUAGCAAAGGAUUCUACAAAAUUUGAGCCUCUAUUAGAUGUUGAAUCAGCCAAUCCCGAGGAUGUAGCUUGUAUUCUUUAUACAAGCGGAACUACUGGUCGUCCAAAAGGUGCAAUGGUAACACAUGCGGGUCUGACAGCAAAUGGACAAAUAUGUACAGACAUUUGGAGAUUUCACUCAAACGAUAUAAAUUUACACGUUCUGCCUUUCUACCAUAUUCACGGAUUGUUUAUAAGUUUCAACUGUACUUUAUUCUCCAAAUCUAGUUGUAUAUUUUUAUCAAAAUUUGAUGCAAAGGAAACAAUUAAUUAUUUACCUAAAUCAACUGUAAUGAUGGGGGUACCUACAUACUAUGCUAGAAUGGUUGAACAUAAAGAAUUAAACAAAGAAUCUGUUAAGAACAUGCGUGUUUUUAUUAGUGGAAGUGCUCAAUUAACUCCAAAUGUUUUUGAAAAAUUUGAACAAAUGACUGGUCAUCGAAUUCUUGAACGUUAUGGAAUGACAGAAACGCUAGUCUCAACUUCAAAUCCUUAUGAACCAGUUAGUCAAAGAAUUGCUGGGUCUGUAGGGAAAGCAGCAAAAGGUGUUGAAGUUCGAAUAAAUAAAGAGGGAGUAAUCGAAGUUAAAAGUCCAAGCCUUUUUAAAGGUUAUUUAAAUUUACCUGAAAAAACUAGACAGGAAUUUACUGAUGAUGGAUAUUUUAUUACUGGAGAUAUGGGCGAAAAGGAUGAUAAAGGUUAUGUUUGGAUAAAAGGAAGGCAAAAAGAUUUAAUUAUAAGUGGAGGAAUGAAUGUUUAUCCAACUGAAGUUGAAGAAAUUGUGACUGGUUUAUUUGGAGAAAGAAUUAAAGAAUGCGCUGUUAUUGCCGUUCCACAUCCUGAUUUUGGUGAAGCAGUUGUCGCUAUAUGUGAAGCAUCCGAUUCUUAUAAAGAAGAUAUUUCUACAGAAAAAUACAAUUUAGCAGCUGAUGAAAAACAAAUUUUAAAAGAAAAGCUAGCUCCAUAUAAAAUUCCAAAGGCUUUUUAUUUUAUGAAUUUACCAAGAAAUCAUUUAGGAAAAGUUCAAAAAAAUUUGCUUAGAGAAAUGCCGAAAUUUAAAAAUAUGUUUCAAAAUGCUUGA